UGGUUUAAUUUUUGUUUAUGGUCUACAGAUCUGCAGUAAAUGUUGCCAGUUUAAGGAACUCAAAGAUAGAUUGGUAGAAAUAAAAUUAAGACUGAUCACGGCCAUCACGUGAUCACGUCGUAUAUCGUAACUUAAAUUUGAUCUAAAGUUAUUUAGAACCUAUGAAGGUAUGUAAUUAGAAACAGUGUGGUAAGUGAUAGUGAUUAUUAAGGACGCAGUAUAAUUAAAAAAAUCAUUAACUGACGCUUUUUUGUUGAUUACUCAUUGACUUGAUACGUCAUAAAGAUUUUAGUUGAAAUCGAAAAUCAUAAUAUGGCAACACGAAUAUUGAGUUGUUUUUCAAUUUUCCAGUGGAUUUUUGACGUUGCUUCUACUUGCUUGCUUGUGUAAAAUCAAGUUUUCCUCCAUGUAGUGCUUAGGUUUUCAUAAUGUGUCUAAUAUAAGUAGUUUUGUAGGAAAAUACAAUUUCAAUUUUAAAUGACGCCCACGAAGACCACCAAAACUGAAGUAGAAAUGGUGAUACGAAACAGAAAAACUGUGAUAAGAGACGGGAUUAUGACAAUGUCGGGUAUCGGGGAGCCCUCGGUCUUCCACGCUCUCGUGGUCAUCUUUCUGGAGUUCUUCGCGUGGGGCCUGCUCACCAUGCCGAUAAUAUCGGUCCUGAACGCGACGUUCCCGGAUCACACGUUCCUAAUGAACGGCUUGAUAAUGGGCAUCAAGGGCAUUCUGUCAUUCCUCUCCGCGCCUCUCAUCGGAGCCCUCUCGGACGUGUGGGGCCGCAAGUUCUUCCUGCUGGUGACGGUGUUCUUCACGUGCGCGCCCAUCCCGCUGAUGACAAUAAACACCUGGUGGUUCUUCGCGAUGAUAAGCAUCAGUGGCGUGUUCGCGGUGACAUUCUCGAUAGUGUUCGCGUACGUGGCCGACGUGACGACGGAGGCGGAGCGCUCGCGCGCGUACGGGCUGGUGUCGGCGACGUUCGCGGCCAGCAUGGUGAUCUCGCCCGCGCUCGGCGCCUACCUCAUGGACCGCUACGGCGAGGCGCUGGUGGUGGCGGCCGCGACGGCCGUGGCGGUGCUCGACGUGUUCUUCAUCAUGGUGGCGGUCCCCGAGAGCCUGCCGGAGAAGGUCCGGCCGAGCGGCUGGGGGCCCGCCAUCAGCUGGGAGCAGGCCGACCCGUUCGCGGCGCUGCGCAAGGUCGGCGCCGAGCGCACCGUACUGAUGUUGUGCGUGGCGGUGUUCCUGUCCUACCUGCCGGAGGCGGGACAGUACUCGUGCAUAUUCGUGUACCUCAAACUGGUGAUGGGUUUCGGAGUGGUGCAAGUGGCGAUCUUCAUCGCGAUAGUGGGCGUGCUCAGCAUCGGCGUGCAGGUGGUGCUCGGCGACCUGAUGAAGUCGCUGGGCGCCAAGCACACGAUCAUGGUGGGGCUGCUGUUCGAGAUGCUGCAGCUGAUGUGGUACGGCUUCGGGAGCCGCACGUGGAUGAUGUGGGCGGCGGGCGUGCUGGCGGCGCUGGGCUCGGUGACGUACCCGGCCAUCAGCGCCUACGUGUCGGUCAACAGCCGCGCCGACCGCCAGGGCGUGGUGCAGGGCAUGGUGACGGGCGUGCGCGGGCUGUGCAACGGGCUGGGGCCGGCCAUGUUCGGCGUCAUCUUCUACCUGUUCCACGUGGACCUGAACGAGGAGCACGCGGGCGCGGCGGGCGCGGCGCGCGAGCAGGAGCGCAUGGCGCGCGUGGUGCCGGGCCCGCCGUUCGUGCUGGGCGCGCUGCUGGUGAUCUGCGCGCUGCUGGUGGCGGCCUUCCUGCCGGAGGACGGCGCGGCGGGCGUGCGGCGCGCGUCGCCCGAGCUGCGCUUCGAGGUGGAGCGCGGGCGGCGCGUGGCGGGCCCGCUGUCGCCGCUCAUGGCGCCGGAGGCCGCGGCCUUCUAGCUGCGGGCCCCGGCCGGCCGCGCGGCCAGCGUCUGACUCUCAGUGAGGCACCGAAGCCGACUCGAGUGAGUGAGUUCCGAAUCCGAUUCGAUCCGCACCGUUACAUUCCCGCGUCUCCUAACGCUUGGUGUUUUUUAAGCUUUACGACUGUUUUUGUAAUACUUUCGACUCGAUUGUACAUAUUUUGUCGGAUUAAAAUCAUUGAAAUCAUCUUACGAGUCCUCUGUUUCGUAUUUUGAGCCGAGCAUCACACAACAAUCUCUGUUUUGGCCUUUUGGCGUAUUGAUUAUAUUCAAUUUAUCUGCAUCGAUGAGUCAUGCUUUGAUCACAACUAGUGUAACACUUAAAGACUUUAUCAAUUGCAUGGAAUUGAUGUAAUCGUAAACAUAAAAAGCGACAUCUUCACAUCAUAAUGAUAGGGUAUUUUAAAAACUGAACCUAGAUUUAGCCGUGUCCAUUUAAAUACGAGUUGUAUACAUAUUGUAUUUUAAAGAUGUGUUUUGCGGCCAAAACUUCUAAAGCUUGUAUGAUAAGCAAUACAAAGUGAAAUUAAAAAACUACUAUUACUUUAUAUUUAUGUAUAUUUAUAGGAAAAUGGUUACCAGAAGUACCUACAAAAUAGCUAAAUUAUUUUAUCUAAAGAGAUUGGAAGCAUAAAAGUAUUGGUUCUUAUGAAGUUUUAGUUUUUAAUUUCCAAAUAGAUUUUUUUUAAAAUUAAAUAUAGUUUUUAAAAGCAAAAUAAUUUGGCUUGUAUAAUUUUGGACUCAAAAGAUAUAAACAAAACUCAAUAAUAUAAUAAUUUAGAAUGAUUUGUUAAAAAAAAUAUGCAAAUGACUAUAUCAAACAAAAACUUAGUUCUCACAGUGCAAAUAUACUCAUAAUGACAUCCACUUUACAGCUCCCCCUACUGGGGCAUUGGCCUCCACACUCACUUCUUAUCUUUUAUUCUUGUUUAUUUUCAACCUACAUAAGUUGGUAGGUACAGUUCUGUAGAACUGAACCUGCAGAUGUAUUUGUUUAUAACUUAACAUAAUUUAAAUAAGGAAAACCAGGAAUAUCUGUAGUAACUCAGUUUUAUCAAACAGUGUAUGGCAAUACAAAAUUUUAAUGGAAAUAUUGGCUAUACAUUCAGUGUGCUUAGUCAUGAUUUGACCUCCAACUUUUUUGCCUUUAAGGCUGUAUUCGAAUGAUCAAGGUAUAAUAGCCAGUAUGACAAUAAUUAUUAGAGCAGAAAAUGCUAAAAUGCGUGGGAUUCCUCCCCAUUCUAUUAAAUUAGUUCCAUAAAGUCCAACUAUCUUUAUGACGAUCCUGACAAGUUCGAAGUUUGACGCCGGCAUACUAUGCAUCCUUAACUGCCUUAAUUGUCUGCUAGAAUAACUCUAACGAAUGAUUAACUCUAUUAGUGUCAAGAUGCAGGAUUUGGAUUCCCUAAUUGUUCAUUUUAAUUAGGCAUUUUAUUUUAAUAUUACUAAACCUUAAGUUUUAAUACAAUUCCAGUUACGCUAAUAACAAAAAGGUUCAGAAAUUAAGCUCUUAAGUUCGCGUAAAUCUCUAAACCAGCAAGGCCUAAAAUGUUUUAUACGUUUAUAGCCUUACAGCAAUGUCCUUCAGUUAGCUGACAAGAAACCAUAUAGUCAAGUGGCGCCGUAUCUCACGCCAAACUGAACGUCCUGGCACUCGGUUCCGCGAGCCCAUAAAUUUGGUGACUCCUUACUGAACGCGGCGAAUGUGGGUCCAUAAUAACGGGGUCACGGGUGUUUCUGUCUUUGUUGGGGUUGCCUUUCGUGUUUAAUGGCGCUGUUGCAUGCGCCCGAGUGAUGCAGUAUCUCAGUUUUCUGCCGAGUUAAGUCAAUAAAAUACUUUUGCGACGGUCUUUUGUUUUGACGUAACUUUGCGUCUUUCGGAUAUUUUUGUCAGGACUUCCAAAAGUGCUUUUAUACUUGAGAUAUGUAUAUCAUAAUGUUCGAUCGUUUGGCCUGACUUUCCAGAAGUUCAUGUUCACCUUUACCUUCCAUAACAAUAAAACGUUAGACAUUUGUAUAUUCAAAAUCUUUUAUAAAACCAUACUAACUUCCCCCUCGUUUGACGACUCAAGUAAUAAAAAGUCCUUCAGUAGGACUUGAAAAACUCCCAACAUAAAACAGCUGUUCAGCCUGGCAGUGACAUAGGCCACCAAAAUCGUAAUGCUGCCAAAAGUGCCAAAACUUACCGCUGUAUUGUGAAGUAUCGCGUGAAACCACUAAAAGUAUGAAUAAUUUAUUUAACUUGGGAAUACUUCUUUAUAGCUACGAAAUCAAUAACACUUCGACUUAUGGCGAGGUCUACAGCUACUUAAAUUUAAUGAUGAGGCCUUUGUAGCCACUUCACUUGCCUAUUUUCUUUUGGUGCUAACACUAAGCCAAGUUAAGCUAUAGCUCGACUAAAAUUAAUAAUUUGGAACAUCGAUGCUGUCAAAUUGUAUUUCUUAUUAGGAGUGUAACUGUGUAACUCACUCCUUAAUCCUUGAGCAUUGAAGCCCUUCCAUUUCUUCAGGCUGUAGGCCGUUAUUUUUAACCCACCCCUUUUCUAUAUCGUACUCAUUCACUAGGCAAUAUAAUUAAGCAAAUUAUGUAAGAAAAAGUAACGCUAAACACGCAAUAGAGGUGUGUAGCUGAUAUAUGUUUACCAGCUACUUGUUGACUCAUUUACAACGGCUUAAAAACUUCCACCUCUGCUAACGAAGAUCACAGUUCCUUGCGAAAGUAUGGAUUCAGUUCGGAUUCAUUUAGUUAUUGUUUUGAAUUUUCUCUAUUGACUGAGUGUGGAAGAUAUUUGACGUCAAAUAACAAAUACGCUAUCACUUUAAACUCUUAUUGAUGAAUCUAUAUGACCCCGGUACCAAGAUUCCGUCGCGCGAAAAAACGCUAGCACCCUGCUGCUAGGUCGUAUCGUUAACGAUACAAAUCAAUACAAACUAACAACAGAAGGGCUGCCGCAAUAUUUGCACAACGCGGCUCUCGCUAUCUUUCAAAAUCAUAUUUACGACGGAACAUAGCGAGUUAAUGACAGGACUUUUAAUUUCUUUAGCACCUAACAAAGCUGCCACCAAGAUUGCAUUUUAUUAUCAGCUAUUUAUCAAGUGACCUUGGACAAUGCAAGUUCUUUAUUAGUAACUAUCUAUUCUGUACCAGUACUAAAUGGUCUGUCUACCAUAACUCAUAUUCUGAUAUUAGGUCUAGAAUGGGUUAAUAAAAUGCCUUUAUGAUGUUCGGGCUUCUCGAGCGAUGUCGGAUUUCAAGUUAUAAAACACGAAAUGUAAGAACAUAAUUUAGGUUUUUACAAUCCAGUAAAAAUAAUUCUGGGUAAUGUCCUAAAGCUCUUUUCAGGGAAAACCAGUCUGAAUACUUUGAUUGGUACAAUAAUAAUACAGAAUUAGAUUGGUUGAAUUAUUUUAUAAAAAAUAAAAUAUUCUGAGUAAUGAUGCCACAGAAUAGUUGCCCGGCCAUCUUCUUGUGGAAUGCUCUCGAUAAGAGUAUCGUGAAAUUUAACGUGAUAAUUAGACGGAAUCACGCCAGACCACUGAUAACACUUUAUUGACAAAUAUUUAUUAAAAUUAAUAAAGGUCAAGGCAAUUGAUAUCCACAUUCUAAUCUAACACGACUGAUGAGCAACGUAAACACAGCUAGCAGACAAAAAUACUCAUCUAUUUUAAAUUAUCAACGCCCGAACCUAGGCAAUGUUAUUAAAUUGCAAAUUAAACGGUCCAGACAAAAGAUUUUAAGCUCGAAAGCAAACAUUGUAUUUGCUUAGCUGCUCUGAUGAAAUAACCAUUGAGUAUUGUUUUCGACGCCUACGUGAAGUGUGACGUCAGAGCAUGGUAAACGCUAGGUAAUUUUGCUGUAACUUUAUUCCAACAUUUUCCCCGCUAAAGAAAAGGGAGAGUUCCCUAAAUUGGUUAUUUACUUUUAUAGUGAGAAUAAUACAGCUGAUAAUAUGAUUCGCGGUAUUUUAGUCAUCUUUUAUCUCGAAACUGGUUGCUAUGCUAAUUUAACAACAUUUCAAAAGUUUUGGCUACGUGGCCUUAUAAAAAUAAAUAAAUGCCAGAGAGUACUGAACAUCUUGUACAGAUAAGAAAACAUUUCACAACACUGAUGUUGGCGUUCCAAAUAUUUUCUAUCUCAACCAAACUUUAGUUUGUUCUUCGUUACCAAACGUUCAAGGCCGUUCGUUGACAACAAAAAUGCCCAAACUAACGUUAGCCGUGCAUUAACCAAACUAACUUGAAAUUGGGCCGUAAUAAUUCAUAACACAAGCGCUACUAGUCUGUAUGAGGGUAAUUAUAAAGUUAAAUUGCUUUAAUCGAAGCCGAGUAACAAGUGUUAAGGCCAAGUUGAAUGACGCUGCAUCCGAAUCAUCACAAAAACUUGACUACGACCCACAGACAAGAUGUAGAAUCACAAUAAAUAAUUAUAUCGACGAGCUGUAAUACCGCUUAGCGACUAGCGAUGUUACGUAAAAGGUAGGGCACAAAAGGCUCUUCAGAAACAAAUUAUUUUCUGGAGAUAGGACGAAGCAUAAAGGGAUGGAAACGUAAAGGAAUCGAAACGAAAAUUGAAGCGACACGACACGGGGCCAACUUGACCCUAAAACAGCUAUUGUUAAAGGCACAAUUUCAUAUAGCAUGGUUAUUUUGGUUAUAUGGAAAGGCAAAUUAUUGUGUCGCGGCAUGCAGAUAUGAUCACGGGACACGUAAUUUUCCUGAAAUAAAUGAUUUUUUGGUUAUAUUCCGCAACGUAUCAGCUAUAAUGGCCGUGAUUGCCGCAUUGUCAUUUGAGUAUAAUGAAAAAUAUUAUAAUUUCUCAAAUGCAAUCACAAGUCAAUCGGACCGUAAUUAGUUGAGUAAUCUUCUUUUUAACUGUUUAAUUACCUUAGUUGAAUAAGUUGACCAAUCCUAUCAACGUCCGCCAUUUUUUGUCAAAUGAAAAGUUAUUAUUCGAUAAACUCCAUUAAAAUUGCUUUGAAUCUAUAACAUGGAGGGUAAGCAGGCAUCAUGACAGAUUGUAAUUACCGACCCGAAGACCCCAGGGACUGCGGCGGCAUGAGGGUAUUUUCACUUUUACCGCCUGUGCUCAUUAUGACUUCGAUCCGAUCUGAAACAUUUUCCUGGUAUUUUAUAUAAGUAUUUAUUAUUUAUUUAUUGAUAAAGGUACACCAACAGCAAUACACAUUUAAGACUUUCACAGUAUACAACACAUAUUACCUGAAUUAAAAGUAACAUUUCCCAGUAUUAUACAAGCCAAACUUUUAGCAUACCUUCAGUAGUUUCUAUUCUGAAACAAAAUCUGCCUCAUUCUUUUUUGAUAAAUUUAAGGUAUCUUAUGGUUUUUAAUUCGUUUUAACUAAAAAAAAGUUUUUGUGUGAUGUGUGAGCUCUACUAGUAUUUUAGUUCUUAUUUUUGAGUAUUAUUUUAGGGUUGUUUUGAGUCUUGACGACGUCGUUCUUGCGAAUAUCGAUUACUUACGUAUGUCUGAGUUUUACAAGUUCAUACAAAUGUUGGAUUCUUAUAAAGUUGACUGUCGGUGUGCGAAGUCGUCAAGACAGAGAUUGCCUCUCGAAGGAGACUUGUGUAAUUGUAAAUAAACUGUAAGAUAGUGUAAUUUGUUUCCCUUUAGGAGGUAAGUGUUGAAACGUUCACAUUUUAUUUGUGUUGAAAGAGACUUACUUUUCGACCGGAGCGACCACCACUCCGCGUUUCUGAGUUGAAUAAAAAAAAAUGUUUUUAUCUAAAAACUAAAUUAAAUUCUCGUGCUAAACUGUAGAUUUGUAACAAUUUUAUUAGGUGCCUGAGCAAAUGUUAUAAUUUAUGUAUGUAUUUGUAUAUUAAAAUUGUAAUAUAGUGAGACAAGUAUGUAGACUUAUUAAUUGUAUUGUAACUAUAAGCACUAUCAUGCGGUACAUAUUUUUGUUACUACUGGAAAAAAUCACAUAUCUACGUAAUUUUCAUACAGCUUGUUUGGUCAGUGAAUAUUGUCGUGUCGAUAGACAUGGAUAACACUGCACAACAGCAUUUCUGAUGAUUGGGUUAUGUUACAUGAUAUUAGUCCAAUUUUUAAUGACGAUUUCAAAUCUGUGAUUGAAAUAUCUGUAUCAGCUCUGGUUAAAAAAAUAUGACACUUGGGUCUUUUUGUAAAAAAACACACUUUUUUUAGAGAUGAUCCUAUUUUAUGAAGUUGUUAAGUUGAAAAAACUUUCUUUUAUUUGACUUCCUUGCUGAUGCUGAAGGCAGACAGCUCUUCUGAAUGAUUCAACAGCAGUCAGCCAUCAUGUGUGCAUUCCAGUGGCCCUGAUAGCGUCCCUCUAUCGUACGAAGGCCCUGGUGGAUUUGCUCGCCAUGUUCUUCACUUAGAUCCUUAAGAGUUGUGAUAAAAUUGUUCAGGUGAUUGCGAAGAGAGUGUAAUUCGAUGUUUAUAUUACAUCCAACCAAAAAAACAUGUUUGUAAGUGACUCAUACGUUGUUCGAUGUGUAAGAAUAGGAAGAUUUUUUCGGAUUUUCCAAAAAAAAAAUUAAAACGCCAAAAUAACUCAUUCCAUGUCUUUUCGGAAGACUUGAAGAUCCUAAAUCUCUAAAACGAUCGUUUAAACCAUCUUGGCUACAUGGUUUUGAAAAUUUCGGGUCACAUUCAAAGUCUCUACCACACUGACAGUUUUCGCCUCAAAAUCCUCAUGUGAAGUAUCAACAUGAGGUUCAGGUGACUUCUUAGGGUUGAAAAGACGUCUACAUGCCAAACGUAUGCAAGGAAUUACUAUUUAGUUCAAUAUUUUUUGGUUAAUACCAUUUUUGUUCAAAAAUAAAAAUAACAGUCGUCGCGAUGAUUCAAGGGUUCCUUUCAGAUCAUAGCGGUUUCGUACCUAAAUCUACACAUAUUCUUAUUUGUUUAUAAACGUAAAAACUCAACGCAUCUUUUCCACGCCUUUUGCGGAAUUCAAGGCUUAUCUUUCAUUUCCACUGGGUCCCCAAACUAAUUUUUUUAAGCAAAUUUUACGAACUUUGUCACAUUUAAACGGAUUAUUUAAACAUAUCCUCUCCGCAAAUGAAACAAAAUUGAUUUAGAUAAUUCACACAAACACUUCUUAAUGCUACCAUAUUAAAUUAUACAAAGAAAACAUAGUAUUUUUUGAACUGUCGGCGAAUUAAGACUGAAAUUUAGCAAUUUUUGAGUGAAAGCUAUAACACGUAAACAAGAGCUGCUACGAAAAAAUGGACGGCAGAUUCAGAAUCAGCGACGUCAAAUUAGUAAACAUCAUGUAAUGAAAGUCAAUCAUCAGCCAAAAGUUGCAAUUUUGUUGUGCAGUGUAAUAAUUAUGAACACCUUGUUUCAGCGACACGACAAAAUAUUAUCAAUUUUGUUUCGUGAAAUUUGCCAAAUGAAAUCUGUAGUAAACCUAGACUAAAUAAUGAUAAUGUUAUAGGAAUAGAAAGUAUUACUACAUUAGCUAUUUCAGUAAAGCGACUGUACGAGUCAAUUAGCUCUCGUGGCAGCGCGUCCCGCGACCUAGGCCUUCGCUACGGGCUCCUGUCAGACAUUGAUUCGAUGCGCGGCGCUGGCGUGGAUACCAAACAAUACUAUCAUAGCCACGCCAGCUUUUGAAGACGAUUACAGUUGGAUAGAGGCGGAGAAACCCUUCAACAAUUUUGACACGAAAUCCUAAAAAAAUAAAGUUAUUUUUAUGAACUGAUUCUUAACUCGAGUACUGCGGGCAGCCUUUUUGCCUUGAGACAAUCCGUCCUCUGACCCCUGUAUUUUAUUGUUGUACCCUAUUAUCUGAAUCUUGCCUUUUUGAGACACUCGGGUCCGAGCCCGAGCCGAGUCAGUGCUGACACGACCUCAAGAGCUCAAUUUGUAAAAAAUAUUUUAUAUACCUUUCUGUACACUGAAAAAGCUAAGCAUUUCCUUAAGAGUGAGAUAUUUAUUUUCCCUAACAAUCUAUUUAAAUUAAUGGUGAGAUGGUAUUUUAAUAGAACAGUACAAGUGUUUUUCCAUGAACGUUGUUCAAAGUAAGUGAUAAUGUAUUCCGUGCACAAGGGAUAAUUUUGUAUUGUAAGACUAAAUAAUAACGAAUAUGAGUAAAUAGAUAUAGUUUUCACAGAAGUGCGACGCGAAUAGCUGUUUUAAUAACUGGAAAGGCAAAAAUUGUGCUUUGCGACUCUACGCGGUCGGUCGUCGGUCCGCCUGGCGCUGGCCCGAGCCCGACUUGAUCUCACUCACGCGGACCCGCGGCCGGCUGCGUGCUCCCCAUACAGAGGACUCAGUGCCGAGAUGUCAGCUAUCUUUACAACUAGAACUCAGUCCUAUUUCUCCCCAUUUUUUUUUAAUAAAUGAAAAAGGACGGGACUACAUCGAGCUAUGUUCAGCGAUUUGCAAAUUGAAAAUGCUUUUUAAAAUAUAGUUUUACUUUGAUCGCGGUAUCUUGUCUUUUUUCACUCGCUAAGGCGAGCGGGAGAUUACUGACUUUUAGUUACAAUGGAAAUAGCGAACAUCUCGACGUCGAGUCCAGUAGCGAGUUAUUAUUUAGUCGUAUAUAUGAAUAUUUGGAAUCUAAAAUAUUUUCGAGUAUAACGUUGAAUGUACAAUGAGUGGAGGAGUAACUGUGGCACGAGUGUGCCUCCUUGUGUGAUCACGUACCAUACUGUGCUUCUAUGUUGGAACAUUAAUAAAUCUGAUUGUAGCCAA